UUUUCAGAAGCAAAACAAAUUGUAAACCGAGGGCGUUUGCUGUGCGAGUAGUGAUAAUAAUCCGAAAUAUUUCCGAAACACUAGUGUUUGCCUGUGUAGUUUUCUGCUUGUGACUUCCUUGAAAAGAAAAGGAAAUCGAAAUGGCUAUAAAAGGGUGCUGUUCAGUGGUGAAAUACCUUGUGGUGCUUGUGAAUUUAUUGUUUUGGGUUGUCGGAUUUCUGAUCGUUUCGCUGGCCAUCUGGAUGCUUUCCGACCCCACCUUCCUGAUUUCCAUUACCCAAAACGAAACGCACUACUUGAUUGCAUUGUACAUCUUUCUUGCCGUUGGUGGGCUGAUGCUAGUCGUUGCAUUUUUUGGCUGCUGUGGUGCAUUUAAGGAAUCUCAAUGGAUGCUUACAUCGUUUUUCUGUUGCCUGCUGAUGGUGCUCGUGGCUGAGCUGGCUGCCGGUGCCUGGGCGUUUCAAAAUUCCGACAAGUUGGACAAUGUGGUGCGUUCGGCUGUAAAAGAAGCGGUGCAGACCCAAUACGGCAUCAUUCCGACGCGCACGGAAACAUUGGACGCCUUCCAAAAACACUACAAGUGUUGUGGUGCGGAAGGGCCAAAUGAUUGGAAGUCCAGUGCUUUUAAUAACGUAGAGCGUCCGACACCUAGCAUCGAGAUUUCCAAUCAACCGUCGAACUACAAGGUCCCGGAAACAUGCUGCGUGCCCAAUAUCUCUUCGGAAGAAUGCAAAAGAGCAACACAGAUGCAUCUCGUGGCAUCGAAAACGGAAGAUGCACAUAUAUUUUCGGACGGGUGCAUGGAUAAAGUGGUGAAAGCAAUAAAGGAAAACGUGAAACUGAUCUGUUAUGUAGGGGCCGCGAUUGUGGCCAUCGAGCUGCUGACACUGAUACUCUCCCUUUUACUCUGCUGCGCUAUACGCAGGAACGAUAACUAUAAACACUAAACGAAGCGAACGACGAUCGUGCAACACAUUUUUCUACGUACAUAUUCAUAUAUUCGUAUAUUUACUAAUCGAUUCGUAGAUCUGUUUUCAUACGAUAACAUAACACUAGCCAUGACAAAGCUUAUUUUACGUUAAAUACUUACUUUUGCCAUUGAAAUGAAUUAGUAUAAUCAUAAAUUUUAACCCAACGAUCGACCCAACGACCGCGUGGUCGACGUAAUGAGGAAUCCCAAACCAAAUAUAGCAACAUAUUUGAUAAUCAGAAUAUGCUUAUUUGAUUGAACGAAGGUUGACAUACGCAUGCCUAUAAAAUGAAAAGAAUUAGUGCAUUGUCUAGCUGGAUUUACUUAAGAAAAAACAAAAAAAAAAAAACAAAACACAUUCAUCGACAACAAUGACAGAAAUGAGACAAUGAAGGUUCUCGCAUGAAUUUUAAAUUUAAUCGUAUACUUAUAAUUAUAUAUUGUACACCAAUCUCGUAUCACGUCGUAGUGCAGCUGAAUUUUACAGCCUGUAGUUUGUUACCACUGUAUUUUAAAACAAAUGGUUUCUUUCGGGUAUUUCAAAUGAGAUAGUGGACGUAGCCACAAAACACAUUCUCCGUACAAAACGAGCGAGCGAUUAAUCUCAUUGCAAAGUAGAUAAAUGUCCUGACGUACAUGUGUUCUUAACGGCGUAAGAAGAAUAAAUAUUUAUUUUGUAUGAAUUUACA